AAAGCGAAAGAGAGAGGAAGUUUGUGUGUCAGUGAGCGAGAGAGGGAGGGAGUCACAGAGAACUACCGAGCAGCCAGAGACAGCUUGGUGUCCAUGCAUCAAGUUCUGAUGCCCAUCAUGACGCUGCCCCUGAGCCUCCUCCUGUUGGCUCUCAGUGUGAUUGGACAGGAGCUCCCAUCAGGCCCCCACGGCUGUACAGACGGAAGCUGUUACCCUGCGACAGGAAACCUUCUGAUUGGACGGGCUGUUAAUUUAACCGCCACCUCCACAUGUGGCCUGGGCGGACCGGAGCACUACUGCAUCGUCAGCCAUCUGCAGGAGUCAGACAAGUGUUUCGAAUGUAACUCCCAGCAUCGCUACGACCCGCACCGCCACAGAAACAGCCAUCGCAUUGAAAACGUCAUCUACCUCAUGGACAGGAACGAAGACAACACCUGGUGGCAGUCUGUCAACGGACAGGAGAAUGUGAGCAUCAGACUGAACCUGGAGGCCGAAUUCCACUUCACACACCUCAUCAUGAAGUUUAAGACUUUCAGACCUGCAGCUAUGAUCAUCGAGCGUUCGGCUGAUUUCGGCCGCACAUGGCGCCCCUACCGCUACUUCGCCUCAAACUGCACCAGAACCUUCCCCGGCAUCCCCGCCAACGGCCUGCACCACAUCAACGACAUCAUCUGCGAGGAGCGCUACUCCGACAUUGAACCCUCCACCAACGGAGAGGUCAUUUAUAAAGUUUUGGAUCCUGCCAUUCAUGUGAAAGACCCCUACAGCUUGGACAUUCAAGAACUUUUACGUAUCACCAACCUGCGUAUCAACUUCACCAAGCUCAACACUCUGGGAGACGACCUGCUGGACCGGCGCUUCGACGUCUUGCAGAAAUAUUACUACGCCAUCUAUGAGCUGGUGGUCAGGGGGAGCUGCUUCUGUUAUGGUCACGCCUCAGAGUGCGCCCCGGUGCCAGGGGUCGACGCCCGGGAGAACGGCAUGAUCCACGGUCGGUGUGUAUGCAAACAUAAUACAGAGGGCCUGAACUGUGAGCGCUGCAGAGAUUUCCACAAUGACCUGCCAUGGAGACCAGCGGAGGCAGAUAAUCCACACACUUGCAGAGAGUGUAACUGUAACGGCCACUCAAACCAGUGUCACUUUGACAUGGCGGUGUAUUUGGCCACGGGUAACGUCAGCGGAGGAGUGUGCGAUGAAUGUCUGCACAACACCAUGGGACGCAACUGUGAGAUGUGUAAACCUUUCUACUAUCAAGACCAUAUCAGGGACAUCAGGGACCCACGGGUUUGUGUUGCGUGUGACUGCGACCCCGUGGGCUCGCUGGAGGGCGGAGUGUGCGACAGUCACACCGACCCAGACAUGGGGAUGAUUGCUGGACAGUGUCGCUGCAAAGCCAAUGUGAAAGGCACACGCUGCGACGACUGCAAGGAGGGAUACUACGGCCUGAGCCAGAACGACCCGCUGGGUUGCCAGCCUUGCAACUGUGACCCUCGUGGUAUUAUAAUGAUGGGAGCUCCUUGUGAUCAGAUCAGUGGAGACUGCUCCUGCAAGAGAUAUGUAACCGGUCGCUACUGUAACCAAUGUCUGCCUGAAUACUGGGGGCUCAGUAACGACCUGGCCGGCUGCAGAUCGUGUGACUGUGACUUUGGUGGAGCCUACAACAACAGGUGCAUGAUGGAAAAUGGCCAGUGUAACUGCAGGAGACACCUGAUUGGUCGACAGUGUUCAGAAGUGCAGCCUGGGUAUUUCUGCGCUCCGCUGGACUACUACAAAUACGAGGCCGAAGAGGCCACCGGACACUCCCCGGAUGACCGUGCACUGCCGGGCAAAGUUCGUCCUCAGGCCGAGACCGACUGUGUCCAGCACCUCAACAACCAGCUGAGGCGUCACCGGCGCCACCGGCGCAUCACCAACUCGCAGCAGCAUCGGGCAGCACUGAGACGCAUCCGCCAGCUUCAGCAAACACCGGAUGUGAGGACCGUUCACAGAGAGCACACUCCCAGCCACAUGGUGACGUGGACCGGACCCGGUUUCGCCCGCGUCAAAGACGGAGCGGGCCUGGUGUUCACUAUCGACAACAUCCCCUACGCCAUGGAGUACGACAUCAUGAUCCGCUACGAGCCCGAGGUCUCAGAGGACUGGGAGGCCGUAGUUAGUAUCACCUCAGUGCUGCUGCCCUCCAGUCUCCGUUGUGGAAACCUCCUACCAACUGAACAGCUCUACACUGUUACUCUGCCGCACCGCAACAGAUAUAUUCAGAUGCCCAGGCCGUUCUGUUUCGAGCCCAGUAAUCGUUACGUGGUUUCAAUCAGGUUCCAGCGCCACGGGGUCUCACACAGACACCUGACUGCCUUCAUCCUCAUCGACUCGCUGGUUCUUAUCCCAAAAUACACCGAGCUUCCUGGUUUCCAAGGUAAUGAGCCGGAGGCGGAGCAUCGGCGGGAGGAGAUGAUUCGCUACAUGUGUCUGGACUCCUUUAUGAUCACACCGAUGCCGGCCCUGGCAGAGAUGUGCUCCAAACUCAUCUGCAGUAUUUCAUCCAUCAUUCACGACGGCGCUCUGCCCUGUCAGUGUGACCCUCAGGGUUCCCUCAGCGGUGAGUGUGAUAGGGUCGGAGGUCAGUGCCUUUGUAAACUCAAUGUCAUGGGUCGACACUGCGACCGAUGUGCCCCAGGAACCUACGGCUUUGGAGUGAAUGGCUGCACUGCCUGCGACUGCCACUCCGAGGGAUCCUUAAGCCACCAGUGUGACCCAGUUACCGGCCAGUGCCAGUGCCGGCAGGGAGCCACGGGGCGUGCGUGCUCAGACUGCCAACUGGGCCAGUGGGGCUUCCCCAGCUGCAGCCCCUGUCAGUGCAACGGCCACACAGAUCUCUGUGACCCCCGCACCGGGGAGUGUACGGACUGCAGGGACUACACAGCAGGACACUUCUGUGAGCGUUGUGUGGAUGGGUUCUUUGGAAACCCGAUGCUUGGCUCAGGGGAGCACUGCCGGCCCUGCCCCUGCCCCGGUAACCCCGGCUCAGACCACUUUAACGGAGAGUCCUGUCAAGCUGACCACAGCUCUAACCAGAUCAUCUGUAACUGCAAACAAGGCUACACCGGGUCCCGCUGUGACCGGUGCGCCCCUGGUUACUAUGGCAACCCUGAGCAAGUGGGCGGGCGGUGCCUGCCGUGCGAUUGCAACGGCAACAUCGACACCCAGGACCCCGAGUCGUGUGACCCCAGGACCGGCCGGUGCCUCAUCUGCCUGUACCACACCGACGGCCCGUCCUGUGCCCAGUGUCAACACGGUUACUAUGGCAACGCGUUGGCCCAGGACUGCAGACGUUGCACCUGUGUGAGUGCUGGCACGGUCCAGUCUGCUUGCGGUGACGGACAGUGUCACUGUGACCGGCAGACCGGCGCCUGCCCUUGCAGGGAGAACGUUGCCGGCCACAACUGUGACCAGUGUGCUCCAAACCACUGGAACUACGGUCAGGACCGAGGCUGCGAGCCCUGUCACUGCGACCCGCAACACGCGCUGGGAUCUCACUGCAACAUGUUCACAGGCCAGUGCCACUGCCGUCCAGGCUUUGGGGGGAAACAGUGCACCGAGUGUGAGCAGUUCCACUGGGGAGACCCACAGGUGCAGUGUCAAGAGUGUAACUGUCACCCGCUGGGCUCAGAGAUGGCCCAGUGCGACCGGACAACGGGAGCGUGUGAGUGCCGGGAGGGAGCGGCAGGGAAGCGGUGCGACGAAUGCGCUCGCGGCUUCACCGGCGCCUUCCCCAAAUGUGUCAAGUGUCACCCGUGCUUCCAGCUGUGGGACGACGCGCUGUGCCAGAUCAAAAGGGACCUGGAACACAUCCAGUACACCUUACAGAAGAUCCAGGAGAGCGGGAUCACGCCGGGAGUCGGGGACAAGCGCAUCAAAGAGCUGGAAGAGAAGCUGAAGCAGGUGCAGGAUCUGAUCAGUACGGAGGACAGCGACCGGAUCCACCAGCUGAUUGGGCAGAGCAUCGAUGACCUCAGGGCUGAGAUCGCCCUGACCGACGGGCGUCUGAUGGGCGUCACUCGAGAACUAAACACAACAGCAGAAAAAGAAGGGGCUCUGAGAAACACACUGAAUGAUCUGGAGAAGGAAUUGAGGGACAUCAACAACACUGUGGCUCACAAACAACGCCUGCUGGAUGACUACCUCACUUCAGGAUUUGCAGAUCAGUUUGAGAAAGUGAAGAAAUACUAUCAGGAGUCAGUGCAGGCUGCAGAGAAAUGCAACGCCUCGGUGUACGGUCCUCUCAGUCCGGUGGAACAGUCCAAAGAAACCCGCGGUCUCACUGAAGACCUGCUGGAUGCCAGUAAAGACAAGUUCCUCCGAGCUCUGGCCGCACAGAACAAAUCGCUGACCGAGCUGCAGCACAAGGCCCACGACCUGGAUAAGAAGGUGCAUCACCUCAGUCACAAGGUAUGUGGUGGUCAUAGCAAUGCCAGCGUAGAUGGCAGUUGCCCAGACAGCCAAUGUGGUGGUGCCGGUUGCCGCGACGAUCAGGGUAAUCGUGUGUGUGGAGGUCAGGGAUGCAACGGGACGGUGAGCGCUUCUGUAUCAGCGCUGAAUCUCGCCAGGGACGUGACGGACAGUCUGAACGUUGCCAACGAGGAGCUGCAGGACGCCGUCAGGAAGCUCCAGGAAAUAGACUCUCUGACGCAGGAUGUGAAGAAGCAGGCGAUGAAAACGCUGGAGAAAGCCAGGAAAAAGAAGGACAACUUCGAAAACAACAACAAGAAGCUCAAAGAUUUCAUUAAGAAGAUCAGAGACUUUCUCACUGAGGAGGGAGCAGAUCCAGAGAGCAUAGAGAAGGUGGCUCUGCAGGUCUUGGCGAUCACGCUGCCGGUCAACAGGACCGUCCUGGACAAGAUGAUCAUGCAGAUAAAGGACAGCCUGUCCAACCUCACCAACGUCGAGGGCAUCGUCAACCAAACCUCGCAGUACAUCAGCAAAGCCAAGGAGCUGCUCGACCAAGCUAAAGACGCCAAGAGGCGAGCAGAGGGAGUAAAGGACACAGCCAUCAACACAAAGCAGGCUUUGAACAUGUCAGAGGACGCCAUAGAGAGAGCGAGGACAGCUCUGAAGGAGGCCCACAUUAACCUCAACAGCACAAGGAACGCCACCGCUGAGGUGGAGGAGAGGCUGAGGCAGCUGGAGGAUAAGCAGAUGGACGUCAUGAUGCGUUUAAACAACCUCUCCAUGGGGGUCGAGGCUCUGAGGAACAAGACGGAGCAGAACAGACAGAUGGCAAAGGACGCCAAAGCACUGGCUAACAACGCCACUGACCUAGCAUCCUCACUGCAGGAGAGCCUCAACGACACAGAGAAACGUUACCGUGAGCUGCAGAAUAAGGUGGACUCUCUGGGUGGGGAGGCCGGAGGUCUGGACAGCAUCAACCAGAGGGCAAUGGAUAUCAAGAAGGAGGCAGACGACCUCUUGAAUAAAGCCAACAAAGGGAUCACACAACUGCAGAAACUGGAGAAAAGGUUCAAGAGCAACGAGCGGCGGAUGCAGAGGCAGCGCACGGAGCUGGACGAGCUGAAAGAAAAUGCCACCGUGGUGCGGGACGAGAUCCGGGAACAAGUGCAGAAGUACAGCAACUGUGUGUGAGGAUGUUACAGUUCCCUGUUUACCAUUCGCUGCUGUAGUCCAGAGCGGAGUGUGACUGAUGCUGUGCCCGGGACAGAAAACUACAUCCCCCAUGAGAAUAAAACCCUGCUCUGGUGCCUCCGCUCUGUCACUGGUAUUUCAACUUUUACACAUUUUACCUGUUAAGUGUUAUAUCACAGAAAGACCCUUCCUCUGUCCAUGUACUGUACCACUUUUUGACUCCUAGAUAUCGACACUAACCUGUGUGGUGUUUAUGUCUUUAAGCUAUUACAACAGGUGGACGACCUGUGGAGAGUAUUUGUUUCAUUGUAUAGGCCACGGUCAUUGAUUUCAUGAAUAAUAAACAGAAGAAAUAUAUCAGAGUAUGUUAUCAGAAAGUUAUUUUGACCAAAAAUAAUUUCAAGAUUUUGUGUGUUUUUGACCACAUUAUUAUGGUAUUUACAAUAUGACAUUCCUAUUAAGAAAUACAUUGAAAAGAUUGAUUUUUCAAAUUAAAUUUUGUGUUUAUUUUUUAUUACAAAUGAGGCUCUUGAUUAAACACAUCUAAAUGCAUAAACAAGUAUUCCUGUAAGCAAAACGAUGGAGACAAUAAAUUUGAUAUAGUUUGAA